CCAAGCAAACACACCCUAACUAACUGCUAUUAGAAGCAGUAACCCCACUACCAUGUUCCAUCUCUUUCUCUCUCUACUCCUGCCACCACCCUAGCUAGAAUAGGAGUAUUUACCACCACUUUUCACUCUCUCUCUCUCUUUUUCCUUCUCUUCCUCCCUCUCUCUCUAUAUAUAGACAUCUCCACCAUGUUCCUGGGUCCUCUCUUCCACCACCUCCAAACUACUUCAAGCACAAAUCUCAAACCUUGCCAUACACAGGGGAGCUGAGACCCAAAAAGCUUAGCUAGUGUGGAGGUGUAUAUACAAGGUCAGAGGCUCAGCGACGACGGCCGCGACAGGCUAGCCGACCAGCUGCUCCGAUGGCUGGCGCCGACGUCGGGACGGAGCUCCGGCUCGGGCUGCCUGGAGGCGGCGCCGAGGCUGCCAAGGCCGGGAAGAGGGGCUUCGAGGAGGCCAUUGACCUGAAGCUUAAGCUGCCAACGGCCGGCAUGGAGGAGGCCACCGCCGGCAAGCCGGAGCCGGCCGCCGAGAAGGUGAAGAGGCCCGCGGAGGCGGAGGCCGCUGAUGCCGAGAAGCCACAUGCACCCAAGGCACAGGCUGUGGGUUGGCCACCAGUCCGAUCAUACCGCAGGAACGCCAUGACUGUCCAGUCUGUGAAGAACAAGGAGGAGGAACCUGAGAAGCAGCAGCCUGCUGCCAACGCCGGCGGCAACAGCUCCGCCUUCAUCAAAGUCAGCAUGGACGGCGCCCCCUACCUGCGCAAAGUGGACCUGAAGAUGUACAACAGCUACAAGGACCUCUCCAUUGCUCUGAAGAAGAUGUUCAGCAACUUCAAACCAACUGGGAACAACAUGAACGAGGGGAAGUUGGUUGAUCCGCUGAGUGGUGCCGAUGUUGUCACUACUUACGAAGACAAGGAUGGCGACUGGAUGCUUGUUGGGGACGUCCCGUGGGAGAUGUUUGUUGCCUCAUGCAAGCGCCUGAGGAUCAUGAAGAGUUCUGAAGCCAUUGGUCUUGCACCAAGAACCAAGGACAAGUGCAAGAACAAGAGCUGAACAAGUUGCAGUUAAGAAGCUGAGCAUGGUGUCAUAAGAAUGGUGCCCUUGCAGUGUGUUACUGUUUUUUCUAGAAACAUAAUGUUCUAAUUACUAGUGGGAUUAUAAGAAGGGAGAGUUGCCAUGUUUAAUUUGUUCAUGGACCAGAAGCAAUAAUCUAUCUGUGUGUAGCUUGAUUGGUGUUAUGUGACGUCCCCUACCGUGUGUCCCAGAAUCUACUUGGUGAUUUUAUUCCAGUGUUGUUAAUCAAGCUUGUGUGAUUGUUAAGUAAAGGGCAUCAAUGAGAGAGACUAUCAUUAUUUAUUAUGGUAUCUUGUAAGUUAACCUGUUUGUUAAUUGUCAAUACAAUAUAUUUGGCAAUCUGUAUGC